AUGCGAAAACUUCAAUGGGUCUGGUUUAUCCGCAGCGCCUCCGCCGUCUGCAUGCAGCAAGGCUACAGCCUUGUUUCUACCUCAUGUUUGACAACUUGGAGGCUCUCCAUCCGCAGGUUCUUCGCCGCCCUCGCCGUUGGCAUACCUGCUCUUAGUGCCGUUCCCGUUGUCGGUUCCGAGUCAAUCCUAAUAUACAUGCUAUUUCGGACCGUCCUCCUCAGUGUUCUCCGAGAUCAUCAUCGUUUGGACGACAGGCGAUGCAUGAGCUCGCUCGCAGCCAAACGUCGGGGACUGCAGGUGAGCUGCAUUGGCGUCAUGUACGGGGCAUGCAAUGUCGAUGUGGAUGGGCAGCAGGACAUCGCAGCACGUCAGUACCAGGUCUGGGACCAUCUGCUUCAACUUCUUCGCCAUGCCUUGCUCGAAUAUUUCAUGAAAACUGGGGACUUGGAUAAUAUCACGAGCGACAAGCCACCUCUCCCUAGCGGAAUGCGCCUGUUUCUGCGGGGCGAUAAUUCAGUCUUGAGCCUCAUUAUGCACGACAUUCCUGGCGGACAAAGUACCUACGCCACCAUCUCGGCACAAGGCUUGAGUCGUAUGGUGUAUCCGCACCGACGGAAUACGAAGACCAAGGCGGUCUGGAGUCUGAAUCAAUCAAGUGGGUGGAAGAGAAACCACGAGAGAAACUGUCAGCCAACUGCUGGGGUGGCGGCAGACAAAAGAAACGAGUUCUUUCGUCAGGGCGAGCGACUGGAAGUUUCCACCAACGUCGGCCGAGAAGCAAAGCUGUGGACAGACCGCAGAUACCGACCACUAGGUGAGGCCAAGUGGACCAAGUGCGCCAGCACAGGCACCGGCACCAGUCUUCCCCAGCCUUCCCCAGCCUUCCCCGGCCUCUCGGCCAUCGCGAAAGAGUUAAGACAGGGUACAGGGCACGUGAAAAGGAGGUUGGCCUGA